AUGGUACGAAAAGUUGUUACCGCACUGGCCGUCGCGCUUUCCGCCAUUUCGGCAACGGCAACAGCCAUCGAUAAGAGGAUUGUCGGCGGAGAAGAGGCUAAAGAUCUAAGUCAAUACCCAUACCUCGUCAGCGUUCAUCCAAUGGGUGGUUCGUACCAUUUCUGCGGAGGCAUUUUGUUGGACAGCACUACCGUCCUUACAGCUGCUCAUUGCCUCUACCGGCCCGUAAAGUGCCUUGAAAAGCCGGAAGAGUGUCAAGGCGACGUCUUCCUCGUGAGGGCAGCAUCUCUGGACAGGGAGACGGGCGGAACGGUUUCCGAAGUGGCAUCCUUCAAGAUACACCCUAGUUACGACGGCCAUGUAAAUAAUGCUUACCCUCACGAUAUUGCCAUCUUGAAAUUAUCCACCUCGAUUCAAGAGAGCAGCAUAAUUCGUUAUGGUUAUGCGAAGCUGGCAGCGAGCGGUUCUGACCCCGUACCUGAUUCCAUCGCAUUAGCCCCAGGCUGGGGCUUACUGGAAUUCGGCGGUCCUAUGCCUGAUAAGCUUCGCCAGGUCUAUGUUCCUAUUCGGGCUCGCGAUAGCUGUAAAGACGCCACAGAGGCAAUGGUAUGCGCUGGGGGGGAUGGCAAGGAUACAUGCACCGGGGAUAGCGGCGGUCCUCUUAUCGACCGGGAAUCGGGACAGGUGGUCGGCAUCGUGUCAUCCGGCGUCGGUUGCGGCGGUACUGGGCUGUAUACCAGGGUUGCUUCGUACAUCUCCUUUAUCAACGAAAACCUUGGGGACAAGGGAACACCAACAAGGGAACAGCAGCUUCAGGACCACUGUGGCCGCUCCGGUAACGACAAAGAUGCCUGCAUGUUCGCCGCCCGUCGCUGCACGGGCCAAGUCAAGCCCGACGCAACAAUGCUGGAGUUUCUCCAGUGCGUUGACGUGAUGCAAGUUUGUGGUGAGCAAGAUGUUGCGGACAAGACGGAUCAAUGCAUCGCCAACGCGAAGGUGUGUAGAGAGCAGGAGAAAUUGCCUUUAGGCGAUCUAGACAAGCUUUCUCAGUGUGCGAAGAAAGAUCUUUAG